AUGCUGGUCGAGAGGGUGGUCCAGUUGAUCAACCAGGGCGUCACCGGCAUGGAUUUGUUGGAGGUUUAUACCGAGAUGUACUCGAUGCCCAAUGGUGAACAAGCUCGGGAGCAGGAUCAUGAGGACGAGGACAGCGCGGAGGAGAGUGGUGAAUGGGAGUCGCCGGAUGACGACGACGACGACGAAAGUGACGAGUCGUACGACAAGGAGCCGACGGAGAAAAUCGUCAAGCUGCCCAAGAUCAACCCCUCAAAGGCUCGGAAGACCCUGCCCAAGAUUAAGAUGGAUGUUCCUGUUGCUUCAGGCCCAGCCUCCGCCGCGACUGAUAUGGACAUUGACAAGGUCCCAGACGACGAGGAAACCGAUGACGCGGCUACCUCCAAAGCUACUCCACGAGAUGUUGUCAUGCUUCCAGAUGAUGAUGAAGAAGAAGUGCCUCUGAGGGAAAGGAGGAGGAGGAACAAGGGAUCGAGCGGGAAAGCGCCUGAGGUUCAGAUGAAAGUGGUGCACGAGGCCAGUCAGGUGGCUUACAACGCCAGCGCUGCUCUUGAAACCAAUGUCCAGAAGGAUCUGGAUCUUGAUGCUGCCCAGAAGGAGGCACGAGAGAAAACGGCGCUUGCUAACAAGAAGCUGGCUUCAGUCAGCAAGUUAGAAGAAGAGAACUCCAAACGGAAGACCGCUGUCUCUGAUGCCAAUCGGGAGGUCGAGCAACUGAAGAAAGACAAGGACAGGCUGACUGACGAGAUUGGAAACCUCAAGGCCAAGAAGGGCGAGUUAGAAUCUUAUCUGGGCCAGCUUACAGCAAAACUGGUCUUAAAGCUUGAAGGACUUUGA